GGCUUGCCAUCGUCAGUAGAACCAAUCACAUUUUCAAAUUUAUAUAUAUAUAUAAAUAAAUAAAGUUAAUUUAAUUUUUAAUAAUAUUUAAUAAUUUUUUUUUAUUUAAUUUUAAUUUAAUAAAAUUUUUAUGAUACAAUGUUAUUAAAUUUUAUAUUUUUAUCGUACAAUUUAUUCAAUUUAUUGUGUGCUAUAGUUAUUGUUGAUAUGGCAUAAUACACGUGUAUUUCUUAUAACCUAAUUUAUAAUUUCUCGUUUUUAUUAUAUAUUUAAAAAAUUAAAAAAUAAAAUAUAACUUAAAAAAAUGUUACGAAGACAAGCAAGACUUCGUAGAGAAUAUCUGUACAGAAAAUCAGUUCAAGAUAAGUUAAAAAACAUACAAGAAAAGAAGGAGAAACUCAAACGUAGUCUAGAACAAAAUAUACCAAUACAUCCAGAUCUAAAAAAAGAUGCUUUGAACAUACAAAAGCAGUUAGCUUGGGAAGAUGCUGGACCAGAAAUGGCUAUUGCUAUUGGAACCGAGAUGGGUGGAACUUUAGCAUCUCAUGAAGAUGAUGAAUAUAGAUGGGCUGGAGUCGAAGAUCCAAAAAUUGUGAUUACUACUUCUCGUGAUCCAAGUUCUAGAUUAAAAAUGUUUGUUAAAGAAUUAAGAUUGAUAUUUCCCAAUUCUCAAAGAAUGAAUCGAGGAAAUUAUGAAAUGAAACAAUUAAUACAUGCCUGUAGAGCGAAUGAUGUUACAGAUUUUAUAAUUGUACAUGAACAUAGAGGUAUUCCUGAUUCUAUUAUUAUAUGUCAUUUACCCUAUGGACCAACUGCAUAUUUUACAAUGUCAGAUGUUAUUAUGAGGCAUGAUAUUCCCAAUAUUGGAACAAUGUCUGAACAAUAUCCUCAUCUUAUAUUUCAUAAUUUUAAAACAAAGUUAGGUGAACGUGUUAUGAAUAUUUUAAAAUAUUUAUUCCCAGUACCAAAGGAAGAUAGCAAAAGAAUAAUCGCUUUUGCUAAUCAUGAUGAUUAUAUAUCAUUUCGCCAUCACACAUAUAAAAAGAUUCAUGGAAAAGAUAUUGAAUUGUCAGAAGUUGGACCCAGGUUUCAAUUAAGAUUAUAUGAAAUUAAAUUAGGCACUUUAGAUACAGAAGCAGCAGCUGAUAUAGAAUGGGCACUGAGACCUUACAUGAAUACUAGCCAUAAAAGAAGAUUUCUUUCUGAUGAAGAUGGAUGGCAACAAGAAGAUGAUAUUUAAAAUUUUUAUAUUUUUCUAUCAGUUCCAACAAAUGUUCUAACAAUAUGAUCCAUGAACUGCGAAUAAAAUACAGUAUUUUUAAAUUUCGCGCGUUGCAUUCUAAAUGCGUCACCGUUAUUGCGCAAUGCAUUCUGGUAUUCUUCGUGGCAGUUGUUUUUAAAAACGUCUUGGAAAUAAACCAAAUUUGGCUUUUGGACGAGAAUUUCUAUUGGAAAAAGUGUUAAAACCUUUACAAAUGCAUUUGCAUCGAAAGAACGAAAACUUAUUAGCGCGUGAUGCACGCCAAUGUUCGUAAGCCCGCGAAAUCUGAGAAGACGCCGCGGCGCAAGAAGCUCGUAGAGCAACAAAGCAACGCUAUGGAUAUGUUCGUGACACCAAAACGUCAGAAAAAUGACGGUGAGAUCAGUUUUUAUUUCAUAGGGAAACACAUUUGGUAGAUCAGUUGCUUGUUUGCUCGUAUCGCUUGCAGUAUUCCGCAUGAUUUGCGCGCGUUCGUAGCAAAUUUAUCAAUUUCCUUGCAAUAUUUACUCCUUACAAUUUGCGUUUUGGUUACUAGCGCUUUUGUCCGUAGCGGAGAAUCAUUAAACUAAUGAUGUGUACAAUUCAUUCGUGGUUAGAUAUUUUAAAUUUAAGAAAUUUCAUGAAAUAAACAGGUUUUGAUGGCAAAACAAUUCUAUGAUUAAAAUAAAAUAUUAUUCGAAUGAAUCAUAAUUGUUGUAAUACUCAUAAUUUCAAGUAGUUGUAAAACUCGUCAUGUUCGUUUUAAAAUGUUCUUCUAUACCUAUGUAUUAUAAACAUUAUUCUAUACCUAUGUAUUAUAAACAUACAGAGACUUCUUUGUAUGGAUAUGUAGUAAAAUUUAUGUGACACAUAAUACGCGUCCACGAGAUUUAAUGAUUGAUUAACAUAUUGAUUUAAGAAAAUUUCAACAUAUAUUAGGAAUAUUAUAACUCAAUCAAUACACAAUAAAGUAUGUUCUGAUACUUAUGCACACUUUUUAUAUAAUUUAAUAAAAAUUUGCAUAAAAACAA